AUGGAGAAUCUUGUUACUGAUUUAUUGACCACUCUAAAUUUACCUGAAUAUCCUGCUUCAGCUUCUAUUCUAGAGGUUCUAUAUGCCAUACUAAUUCAGAAUGCUGGGACAAGUUCCAAGGAUUUUGCUUCACGUUCCAUGGCAAUUGAUAUUCUUGGCACUAUUGCGGCAAGGUUGAAGCAUGAUGCUGUGAUUUGUAGCCAGGAAAAGUUUUGGGUACUUCAAGAUUUACUUAGUAAGGAUGCUGCUCCUCCGAAUUAUCCGAAAGAUACAUGUUGUGCCUGUUUGGGUGGAAGGGCUGAGAAUUUGUUCCCAUGUUCCGGCUGCAAUAGGCUUUUUCAUGCUGAAUGCCUGGACAUUGAAGAAGAUGAAGUUCUCAAUCAGAACUGGUACUGUCACAUGUGCAUCUGCUCAAAGAAAUUGGCUGCUGAAGGAAUCAUUUGUAGGACAGAAGCUUGA